AUGGUUAAAAAGGUUUCCAGAAGGUCGAGAGCCGCUAGACGAGGAGAGGUUGAUCCUGAUGCUCCACAGGAUCCUUCGGUAGAAGCUUUGGAUACGGUUCCCAGAUUAGAAAAGACCGAUGUGAUAGGAUCUAUGAUAAGAGCAUCUGUUAAAAAGAACAGUCGAUUAUUGGGUGACAAACUCAAUAAAGGAGCCAAAGCUGCUUCUGAAAAUGAACAUAUAGAAAUAAUAAAUGCAGGCAUUCAUAAGAAGGAUCAUGGAAAGCAGUCAAAAUCUGUCAGAACUAGAAGAAAGAAGGGCGUUUUGAGAGAUGGCAGAUUAGAAGCAAGAAUAGCAUCCAGCGUGGAUAGGCGCAGACACAGAAGAUUGGUUAGAAAAUCUGACUGGGACUCGGUUAAUAAUUCAGCAAAAGAAACGCUUGCACCAAAAUCUAUAGCUUCGAAAGAUGAUCACACGGAAAUGUCAGACGAUGAGGUUGACGUCGGUGAGGUGGGAAGUGGUUGGAAAGAAUUGAUAGGAGAGACCGAAGAGUCUUCAAAGAAAGAGCAUUCUAAAUCUAACGAUGACCACAUGAAAAAUGCUUUUGCGCUGUUGGACGAAGUGGAAGCAUGA